AUGUCCGGCUGCCCCUGCUCCACCUCCACCUCCGCCUCCUACUCUCCACUCUCCCUCCUGCCCCCUCCCAGUUCCGUCGCCGCCGCCUCCAGGCGCAGCACCGUCGCCUUCCACUCCUCGCGCGGCCCGCGGAGCGGCUGGACACGGCGGAGAGGCGCGUGCGCAGUAGUCGCGGCGAGCAGCAGCAGCAAGGACGAGAAGGCCGAGGCGGGGGAGGAGGAGGAGGGGGAGCCGGCGUUCAACCCGUUCGGGUUCGUCACGGACAACCCGUCGAGCCGCAGCGCCAUCCAGCUGCCCGCGUCGCCCGCCCAGGACGGCAAUGUCGGCCAGAUGCUCUACAGGACGGAGGACAAAGGGAGGGAGUACGGCAAGAGCGUGAGAUCAGGGGAGUUUCGAUGGUUCGUGAGGCAAACAGGUUCUCCUGAUUCACGGCGUGGGACUAUUAUGUUUCUUCACGGUGCUCCAACUCAGUCAUUUAGUUAUCGCACGGUUAUGGCUCAGAUGGCAGAUGCUGGCUACCAUUGCUUUGCGCCUGACUGGAUAGGAUUUGGGUUCAGUGAGAUGCCACAGCCUGGAUAUGGAUUCGAUUUCAAAGAAGAGGAGUUCCACAAGGCAUUUGAUGAACUUCUUGUUACUCUAAAUAUCACUGAACCAUUCUUCUUAGUUGUCCAGGGAUUUCUUGUAGGUUCUUAUGGUCUGACAUGGGCAUUGAAGAACUCAAACAAACUUCUUAAGGUAGCAAUCCUUAACAGCCCACUUACUGUUUCUUCUCCAGUGCCUGGAGUCUUUAAGCAGCUCAGAUUUCCACUUGUGGGCGAAUUUACCUGCCAAAAUGCUAUCCUGGCUGAGAGAUUCAUUGAAGCAGGUAGCCCGUACGUGCUGAAGUCAGAGAAGGCUGACGUAUACAGAUUGCCGUAUUUAUCAAGUGGUGCACCUGGAUUUGCAUUACUUGAAACUGCCAGGAAGGCCAAUUUUCAAGAGGUAUUAAGCAAAAUUUCGGCUGGAUUUUCAUCCAACAGCUGGGACAAACCAAUAUUGCUGGCAUGGGGGGAGUCGGACAAGUACCUACCGCUCUCGAUAGCCGAGGAGUUCAAGAAAAACAAUCCAUCAGUGGUGAAACUGAAGCCCAUCGAAGGAGCUGGCCACAUGCCGCAGGAGGACUGGCCAGAGAAGGUGGUGGCGGCCCUGAAUUCCUUCCUGUAUUAG